CUUGAGUGAAAAUUUCUUAAAGUUCGUAUGUGUUUGUGGAAAAAAGUCCUUAAAUAUCAAGUUAUCAAUCAUUUUUGGGUUGCUUUAAAAAAUUGAAUGGUGGCUAUGCACAUACACAUAAUCUCGUCUCUUCCUUGGAUGUCGCAAGUAGCAAUAUAUAUGUAUGAAAUAUAUAUUUUUAUGAUCUAUAUUGAAAUACAUGUGAUUUGGGCCUCUACUAUGCACAAAUCUGCGUCCGCCACUGAUCACCUCCAAUCCAAUUCUCUGCACAGUGACAAUGUCAUUCUUUGAACACCCCAUUAUGAUGCUGCUACCACCCUGUACUUCCAUCUCAUUUCACCAAUAUCUCCACCUGUAAUAUUCUUGCAAGCACUAUCUAUGUCAAAAAGUCCACCGUCUUUUUCUUUUUUGCUUCUUGUACAAGGCCAUUUACUUAUCUUGGCCUAUUGGAAACAGCGGAAAGCAUUGUUCGAGAUUCCCAAACGAAGAUACAAAGAGGGCUAGGAGAAUGGCUGAAUGCUCAGCAAUUUGUCUUGUUGCUUUUCUCAUAAUGUUUUGUGCAAGUCAAGUGAGAUCAGCUGGGUCAAACCAUCAGUACAAAGCCGGAGACACAAUCCCUCUUUAUGCAAACAAGGCAGGUCCAUUUCAUAAUCCUAGUGAAACAUAUGCUUAUAAUGAUCUUCCCUACUGUUCACCAGAUCAGGUGGAACAGAAGAAAGAAUCUUUAGGUGAGGUAUUGAAUGGUUAUCGUCUUGUUUCUACUGCAUAUAAACUUGAUUUUCUAGUUGAGAAGGAGUCUGAAGUUGCAUGUAAAAAGAAACUGACAAAAGAAGAAGUUUCUCAGUUCCGAGCUGCAGUUGUGCGUGACUAUUACUUUCAAAUGUACUACGAUAACUUGCCAAUUUGGGCUUUCAUUGGAAAGGUUGAAGACAAGCAUUAUGAUGGUGGUAUAGUCGAACAAUACCACCUUUAUACUCAUCUUGAAUUUGAGAUCCUCUACAAUAAGGGACAUGUGAUUGAGAUCACUCUUAGAACAGACCCAAAUUCUGUGGUGGACCUAACGGAAGACGAGGAAGUUGACGUGGAGUUCACAUACACAGUGAGAUGGAAGGAAACAGACAACCUGUUUGAGAAGAGGAUAGAUAAAUACCUUUGGUCUUCUACACUGCCGCAUUACCGGAGAGUCCACUGGUUUGCAGUUAUGAACUCGUGUUUGACAGUUCUCAUCGUACUUGGUUGUCUGCUGACGUUUUAUGUGCGAGUCCUCGAGAAGGAUAUUAAUAAGUAUGCGAGUGAUGAGGAGUUGUUUGAUAAUCAAGAAGAAAGAGGAUGGAAAAGCAUCCAUGGUGAUGUUUUUCGGUAUCCAAAGCACAAGUCUUUGUUUGCUGCAGCCAUUGGUUCUGGCACCCAAUUAUUCGUUCUUUCGAUAUUCAUUAUAAUGCUAGGAGUAGUUGGAGUAUUUCAACCAUAUAGCCGAGGAACACUAUUCACUGCGCUGGUGUUUGUCUAUGCAAUUACGUCUGUUAUUGCAGGCUAUACAGCAGUUUCUUUAUAUUACCAGCUUGAAGGGACCAACUGGGUAAGGAACAUACUGCUGACAGGAUGUGUUUUUGGAGGGCCACUCCUCCUUGCAUUCUGCUUCCUAAAUUUUGUUGCUAUCACGUACAGAGUGAAUGCAGCCCUUCCACUAGGGACGAUUCUGUUAUUGUUGUCUAUAUGGCUGUUUGGAGCAUCACCGUUGCUUUUGUUUGGUGGAAUUGCUGGGAGAAAUAGUGGGUCCGAUUUACAAGCUCCGUGCAGAACCACCAAGUGUCCCAGAGAGAUUCCAACUCUUCGCUGGUACAGGGGUACUUUACCCCAGAUGGCAGUGGCGGGGAUAUUGCCCUUUGGUGUUAUCUACGUCGAGACUUACUAUUUGUUGGCUAGCAUAUGGGGUCACCGGAUUUACACCAUAUAUGGUAUUUUGCUCAUUGUCUUCAUAAUUCUCGUCAUCAUAACUGUUUUCGUGACUGUGGCCUUGACGUACUUUCAGCUUGCUGCUGAAGAUCAUGAAUGGUGGUGGAGGUCAUUCUUUUGUGGUGGCUCAACUGGCUUGUUUAUCUAUGGCUAUUGCUUGUACUAUUACUAUCGAAGGUCGGAUAUGUCUGGUUUCCUCCAAACUUCAUUCUUCUUCGGUUACAUGGGUUGCAUCUGCUAUGGCAUUUUCCUAAUGCUUGGGACAAUUGGUUUCCGUGCUUCCUUGCUCUUUGUUCGUCAUAUAUAUGGCUCUAUCAAGUGCGAGUAGCGGACCACUUCUUUGAGCGGCGUUCCGUCCUCGUUUUGCACCAUAAUUUUAGUCAUAUAACAGGUAGAGAGACUGUAAGAAUUCUGAUUCUACAGGGCUUCUGCAACUGGGUUCUUUUGAGAUUAGUGAUUUGCGUUGCCUUGAAUGUGUUCUGUUAGUUUUGAGAUGGAGAGAAUUUUCUUGUGAAAAGAGAUCCAGAUACGCACAACCAUAAGUACUCCUAUAGUCCUACCAAAAUUGACUCAAUUUCAGUUUUCGGAAUUCGUGGGUCCAUGGUCCGAAUUUCUGGAGUCUUUAGUCCAUAAAAGGCAACUUCCAUCGCACUUGCUACUUAAGCAAAUUAGGCCUAAAGUGACCCAUUCCGGUGAUUUUUCCUGAUGUAUUUGGGAGAAAGUAGUACUCCAUUUUUCUUUUUUUGCAAUUAUUUCAUAGCGUAAAGUGAACUGCUACUAAUAUGGAGAUUAAUAAAAGCACUUCUUCUAUUUCA